CGCUACGGGCCUGUCGUCUCGCAUCACACUCGCUAACUACGCUUCGCGAUUUCUUCACAUACCCCUAAGUUGGGGAUUUACACAUUCGUUGGCAACUAGUUUGGGUUUUAGUAAACAUGAGGGCUGCAGUGUGCGGCCUCAUCCUCUUGGGAAGUGCAGUUUCGGCGCAACACGGAGCGCCAUCCCACAGCAUCACGAGUGCGUCACCUACAACUUCCGCGUCCUCCAGUCCAGUUUCUUCGUCUAGCAAAGUGUCUUUGUUAACAUCUGGCGCGUCCGGAACGGGCAAGUCGUCGAAUGCUACCUCCUCAAGGCCUCUUUACUCCAACUCAACGACGAACAGCUACGGUGGCGCAGCCCAAAGUUCGCCAUCAACCACCCCGGUCGUAUUGGACCCCACGACCACGCCAGUGAACGGGGGCUCGAACCCUAGCUCAACACCAAAUGGUGAGACGACCCAACCUGCUGUAGCUCCUGCGACUCCCGUGAACGGAGGCUCGUCAACCACUCUCCAGCGGGGAAUAACGCUGCAGGCUCAUCAACGUCCGCCGGCACGCCCGCAAACGGUAAUAGUAGCCCAAGCGUGUCCUCUGGAGGUUCGUCCUCUGACCCAGCAGCGUCAUCUGCCGCACCAGCAAAUGGGGGCAGUGGCGCGACCCCAAGCUCGGGCAAUGCAGUCGCUGGCCCCUCUUCCUCCACAACCGCGGCAGCCAACGGCGCCAGCAACCCUAGCAGUUCGCCUGCGAACGGUGGUAGCAGCUCGACGUCUUCUGCCGCUGACCCUGCUUCGAAUGGUGGCAGCGGCUCCAACCCAGCUUCUCAAGCCUCCGCCUCUGGUGUUGUUUCGUCAAGCGCUUCAACUUCUAAUACUAAUGGCCAAAAUGGCUCGCCCUCUUCCGCUAAUAAUGCCGUGACGAACGGUGGACGCAGCAGUUCUAGCUUGGUUUACGUGUCAUUGAGCAGCACCGGGAACGGCGACCUUUCGACAACUCUCAGCGCGGUGCCGUAUGGAACUUACACGCCAUCCGAUUACACCAGCAAUGGAGCUCCUGUUCAAACGACUGUGAUUACCACAACCACAGUCACAACUUACACGAGCGUCGGACCGAAUGUGCAGACCACGACGUCGGAUGGCAAGACUGUUACUGUCACCGCCGGCACAACAACUGCCACGAUCACCCAGACGGUCACAACAACCGCAACAGUGACGACACGACCAGCGUCGACGACGUCUUCGACUUCUGGCGCAGGCGCGAGUGACCCGACCCAGAGCAGUCUCAGCUCCUCGGUCAGCAGCUCUGCAACAUCUGCAGUAAACGCAGCGGCUACAUCUUCUUCGGUGUCGAGCGGAGUUCAGACCACUGUGA